CCACCACCAGGCGGUAAGCAGCAAGUCAGCCAAACACGCAACUGGUGACAAUGCCAUUGACCUGGACACCAAGAACAGUGUCGUAUCUUCGAACAAGUCGGGCGAUGGCACUGGACGGGCGUCGAGCGCAACGCCUUCGACCAAUUUAGACAGCAAACCGACACCUGAUGCGGACAAUGAACAAAACGCUGCGGCGGGAACUGUACCCGUUGCUAAUGACGCCUCUACUUCCUCCUCAUCCUCGUCCGCCAACGCAACUGCAGUGCCGAACGCUGUAUCCGGUGGGUCCCGUUUUACGACAUCCCAGGGCCGCAAACAAGAUGCCAGGAAGUCACCUGUGGGUGGGCGUUCAAGCGAUGCCAACCGACCCAUGAUGCGGUCCCGUCCCGAGCCUGUAGGGACCGCCGGCGAUACGGCAGUGACCACAACGACAAUCACCGGCAUUGGCAACAUCCCGGGCUAUAUGAAUGUGCCGGCGCAGAGAGCCAGUGUGGAUGUCACACCGAGUUCGGGCAACGGGCGGUCUGGGGUGACCAAGAAACUCGCCAGUGGUGUCUCCAAAGUUAAUACAACUACCCUCAACAAUCCUACAGGUCGCCGUCUUACUGCUGGCGGCCUCACUGACCAUCACUUAUUGGUAAACCCGGGUGCUGUGGGAAAUCGAAGGUCCAUCGCCGGAACCAGUGCGCUCCCCGCCAACACCGUUUCGGUGAACGGUUCUGCCGCAAGCAGCGGUCGUGGUAGCGCAGCCUCUGCCGCAGCCGGUGGCGCCAGCGCCACAACCACUGGUGGCGGAAAAGUUGGUGUCGUUGCAUGCCUAGAGAAGGGCGGCUCC